AUGAACCCUCCCUACCGCCAGAUCCGCGCCAAAUACACCCCCACCACCAUCACCGUCUACCAAGCCUACAACGACACCAUCGCCACCAACGCCCUCGCAGCCCAAACAUUCGUGGCCCCCUUCUCCCGCACACGCAUGACAUGGAUCAAACCCUCAUUCCUCUGGAUGGCCUAUCGGUGUGGUUGGGGUAAGAAACCCAGACAGGAACGGGUCCUGGCGAUCGAGAUCACCCGCGAUGGGUUCGAAUGGGCCCUUCGGCAUUCCAGUCUCUCGCAUUACGGGGGGAGGGAUCCCGAGGGAAAGGCCGCGUGGCAGGAACGCUUGAGAGCACGUCCGGUGCGGGUGCAGUGGGACCCCGAGCGGGAUUUGGAGUUCAAGGGUCUCGCAUACCGGUCGAUCCAGGUCGGGUUGGGCGGCGAGGCGGUGGAGAGGUAUGUGGAUGAGUGGAUUGUGGGCAUCACGGAGGUGACCGAGACCAUGAGGGAGAUUGAGCAGUGCAUGGAGGAAGGGAGGAUGGAGGAGGCGAGGGCGUUGGUGCCCCUGGAGGAGGAGUAUCCGCUGUCCGAGGAGUUGAGGGAGAUUCUGGAGGCGAGAUGA